UUUGCGCGCUUAUUCGCGAACUCUUUUUGUUCGUCGUUGAACCGCAUAUUUUUUUUGCUCGUUCCACUUCGAUGGAACGCAUGUGAAUUUAUUUUUUCAUAAACUAAACAUCGUUAGUAAGGUUAGGGCGUAUACAUUCUUCUGAGUGCUUGUUGCUAUAUAUUGAGAGAGAGAGAGAGAGAGAGAUUUGUUUCUCCCGCCUUGAUGUCAAUUUUAUUUUAUUCCACCUGAUUUCUGUUAGUUAUGAUUCCACGACGUCGGUCGAAGACAUUCAAACGUCCCACCUGAACUUCCUUAACAAUGGCAUCCCAGAAGAGCACAGACAAUGAGAUCGGGAUAAACAUUCAGAAUACAUUACUCGCCAUCAAUGAUGUUACUGUGAAGAUAAAGAAGGAGCUGGAAUUGAUCGAGGAACUUGUGAGCAAAAACGGGCAUUUACUUACGGCGGUUAAGACAGCUAACUUAACAUUGUCCAAGAAGGCGCAGGAAAUGGGAGUGAAUGUGGAAGAUGUAAACAUAAUGGAAAGUGCAGGCAAAUUGCAACAGGAUCUGCUGGACGUCACAUCGUUGGACAUUACAGAGAGAUUGAAUCAAAUGGAUACUCGAGAUAUGUAACAUAAAAUAUCCCUUUUAUAUAUU